AGCCACCCGGAAUUCGAAUGUCAAGUUCUCGUGUGAAGUUGAAGGAAGAUUUUUGCAAGUUUAGAGAGCAACAUGCAUCAAUUUCGUAAGUUUGAUAGACGUUAUAACUUUUAGAAUAACAGAGAGUUUUAAUUUAUUUUCACUGUGGUACAAUACCUGGUGUCCCAAAAAAACAUGGUUAUAAAAACUAUCGCAAUUAAAUAAAGAUCAUUGCAUUCAGAAAGGACUAGCUUUGAUUUAAAAAAAUAGCACUUGAAUUUGCAUGCAUUAUUGACUGCGCUAUUGAUGUUUGAACGUUGAACUACUGUUUUUGAUAAUUCCAAAAAUUAGCCUAUUUUUAUAAUUAUGUGAUUAACCUAUUUUUACGUCGUAGCACUGCCACGUGAUACAAUUUUUUAUGUUAUGAUUGUUGUGUUUAUGCUCUAAUUAUUAUGUUUGUUACUUUAAUGCUGAUUUUGGAAAUUUCUCGAGCUUCAUUCUUGAUAUCUUGCUUUUUCUUAAAAAUUUUAAAAUCUUUAACAGCUUGAGUGCAUUAUAUCUGAUAAAGAACGGACUGCGAAUGUUUUAAAUGGCUUAAAAACCAAGUCUGGAAAGUUAACUUUUUGCACGCCUUACAUCGAUUCAGGCACAUGUAACUGCACACCAAUUUUGGAAAUGUAAAUGCGCAAAAGUUCCAAAUACACCUUUUGAGUAUAAACCUAUUUGGUCCAUAUUUGUUGAAUUCGAACAAUUACUAGUCUAUGUAAACAAAUGUACGCCAUUAUGUACGCCAAAGUUUGUGUUUGUAUACCGGACAAGUCCGGCGUAAACACCUUACAUUCCAGUCUGGUUAAGAACGACCAUCUGAUGAGUUCAUUGGCGAAGUAAUUUUGACACUAAACGUUGUCUAAGCCGAGAAAAUCAAAGCUAAAGUUUGUGUAAAUAAACAUGAUUUUCUAUCACAUAUAAAGCCACCGACACGGCAGUGAUUUCUUUUCUAUUUUCCUCAUGAAUUAGUAAUGAGUUUUUUAAAUAGUACAUAUUCUUUAUUAGAUUUGAAGACUUUUGUGCCUUGAUUAUUCAAUCAUGGUGGCAUCAGGUUUGCGAGCAACGACGAAACAGCCGAGUACCUUCCGAACGUCCUCCGACGAUGGCCGACAGUUAUUCGACGUACAAUGGUCGUGCAACUCAACGUCCUAGGACGAUGACCAGGCUGGCAGCUGCGAACAUUAUCCAGAAAGCUUGGAGAAAACACGUUGUAAGGAUCAACCAUAAACUAUUUUUGGCAUCUCACUUGAUAUAACUAUUUGGGCUAUCCAUUUAAUAUUUAUAUACCCUCGGUUGAGGAUACUGUACAUGUUUUUCAUAGUUAUACCCUUGAAGAAUUCCAAGCUCAAAACCCUUUACCCCUGAAGAAUUCGAAGCUCAAAACCCUUUACCCCUGAAGAAUUCCAAGCUUUGAAAAUUUCAAUCUCAAAUCUCUUUAUCCCUGACGAAUUCCAAGCUCAAAACCAUUUACCCCUGAAUCCUUGAAGAAUUCCUAGCUCUGAAAUCGAAUGAUAACCUAUAUGCUUAUCUCUUCUUUGCUUAUUCUUUUUUUAGGAUAUGCAAGUUUAUCGUUACUACAGAGAUUUGAUCAGUUUUAAAUUCCGUGGUGAUCCAGCACUGUUACUGCGAUGUAUUAAUCCUAGAGAGGUGAGUCUGUUUUAUUGGGGUUUCCAAUUUAGAUUCCUCAGUUUUUUCUAAGACGUCGAAAUGUUACUUGUAUUUUUCGCGUAAUAGAAUCCAAUCCCCAGCUUUCUGUUGUUAUUGUCACUGCCUACGCUGGCUUGACAAUUUGUUCUGUUCCUUUGUGAAAAUUUUUAAAUGUCAAUUUUAGGCUGAAUUACUGGAUCCAGGGUCUGGAACUCAUGUGAAGUUUAGACUAGGAGGG